CCUCCCGAGUCGCUCAAUCGACCGACAGCCUUGCCGCCCGGUGGCAAUCUGCGCUCAACCGUCCUCCUCCACUCGUCCAUCUGCGGAGCAGACAAGAUGUCGCCUCAACAGGUGCACAAUAACAUUGUUCACCUCUUGCCCUUGAAAGAUGAUGGCUCUCCGGACUUGCCGGGCGACCCUCCCUACAUCUACCUGCCGCCGCCCACCGUCCCGGCGUAUAGCAUCAGAUUCGAAAUCGAAGGCACAAGCUCAAUAUGCCGGCAGGGCAGCCUGUGGGUCAACAUCCCAGGCAAGCAUGAGCAGUUUGAUCGAAAGAAGUUCAAGGAGUACAAACUGACGCCGAGCUUCAACAACACCAUCAAAAUCGACGUUCCCAUCCAUACAGCCGGCGCAUACUCCUUCUACUGCACCUACACGCCCUUGCCCCCGUUCACCACAGGCAAAGUCGACGUACCCAAGCCCACGCAGACCAGCACCUUCUACAUCGACAUCUGCCCGAGCCUGCACGUCCAGAAAUCCCGGGUGCCUUUGGAUGCCAUCUCUUGCAUCUCGGUGUUGUCAAAGUUUAUGGGCAAAUACCCAGACGAUUGGGAUCGUCACUUGCAUGGCAUCAGCGAGAGAGGGUACAACAUGGUCCACUUCACUCCCCUCAUGAUGCGUGGCGACAGCAACUCGCCGUACUCCAUCUACGAUCAGCACACCUUCGAUAAGCAAGUCUUUCCGCACGGCGAGGAAGACAUCUCCCACCUGACGCAGAAGAUGAUCGAAGAGUACGGCCUUCUCGCCCUCACCGAUGUGGUGUGGAACCAUACGGCAAACAACAGCAAAUGGCUCGAGGAGCAUCCGGAAGCGGGCUAUAAUAUCAAGACGGCUCCGCACCUUCGGCCGGCGUACGAGCUGGACAGCGCUCUGUUACGCUACUCCGCCGACUUGGCCCAACUCGGACUUCCCACCCAUCUGAACAACAUCAAUGACUUGUUGCGCAUCAUGGAUGGCGUCAAGGUUCAUGUCAUCAGUCCUAUGAAGCUGUGGGAAUUCUACGUCUGCGAUGUGGAAAGUGACACCAAGCACGCCGUCAGCUGCUGGAUGGAAGGGCGCGCCGAUCUCAACGACCCUUUGCCGGAGGAUGUGCAGUCCUGGGAUCUGAAGCGAAAGGCCGAGUGGCUUCGAGAACAUGCAUGCCCCGGCAAAGACACCUUGGGCGAGCGCUUCCAUCGCACCAUCAACCCUCAGCGUGCCGCUGCCCUGCUCACCAAGUUGUUCGGACGCUUCAACGACAAGGGCAACGGCUCUGGCGACGAGCGUGAUGCAUACGGCACCAUGCAGCGCUUCCUCAAUGAAAUCAACCUGGAAUGGUACAAGGAGUACGAUGCAGAUGUUGCGGCCAUCAUGGAGCAAGUCUUCAACCGUACCAAGUACAUGCGGCUUGAUGAGCAUGGUCCCCAGGUCGGCGACAUUACCCUGCAGAAUCCCCUGGUAGAGACGUACUUCACUCGUCUGCCGCACAAUGACACCACUUCCAAGCACGAUCCCGACUCUUUGGCACUGGCGAACAAUGGCUGGGUCUGGGCUGCGGACGUCAUGCGGGACAAUGCCGGGCCCAAGUCGAAAGUCUACCUUCGCCGCGAGCUCAUCGUUUGGCAAGACUGCGUCAAGCUUCGGUAUGGCAAGGGCCCGGAAGACUCUCCAUUUCUGUGGAAGUUCAUGAUGGAGUACACGCAACUCAUGGCGAAGCACUUCACUGGCUUCCGCAUCGACAACUGCCACUCCACCCCUCUGCAUGUCGCAGAGUACAUGCUCGACGCGGCUCGCCACGUCCAGCCCAACCUCGUGAUUGCUGCCGAGCUCUUCUCCGGCGACGAGAAGAUGGACUUCCUGUACUGCCAACGCCUCGGCAUCAGCUUCCUUAUUCGUGAAGCGAUGCAAUGCUGGUCUACUGGCGAGCUUAGCCGGCUCGUACAUAUCAACUGUGGACGGCCUAUUGGGUCUUUUGAAGUUGACGACAUUGCCGGAAUCGAUGCCAAAACACCCCAGCCCAACGGCCCCACGACCAACGGGAUUCCUCAAGGCAGGGCCGUCACGCACAAAAUCAUCCCCAGCAAGAUCCACGCGUUGCUGAUGGACUGCACCCACGACAAUGAGCCGCCUGUGCAACGCAGGGACGGGCGAGAUACCCUGCCCAAUUCGGCACUGGUCGCCAUGUGUGCGUCCGCGUCCGGAAGCGUGUUUGGGCUGGAUGAGCUGUAUCCGCAACUCAUCGAAUUGGUCCACGAGACGAGGCCCUACACGUCACCGUACAGCAAUCUCAAGCCUGGCGAACAGAUGCGGGUUGGGCCAAGCGAAGGCACCGGCGGAGUCAAGAGACUUAUGAAUCAGCUGCACACGAUCAUGGGGAUGGACCAGUACGACGAGUGUUUUGUGCAUCACGACGGCGAAUACAUCACCGUCCAUCGCAUGCACCCGAAAUCGAGGAAAGGGUACUACUUGAUUGCCCACACCGCUUUCCCGGGAUACGGCAACGGCAAUGCUGGCUUUCAGCCGCAGUGGCUCACCGGCACCAAAGCCAAGCUGUUGGGAGCGUGGAGCCUGGAGUGUGAUCAAUCAUCAGACGCGAAGCAAGCCGCCAUUCACGACAAGGUACUCCGUGGUAUUCCCAGCAGGACCAAGGAUCUCAAGGGCGUGAAGGUGGAGCAGCGCGGUGAUGAUACUGUCAUCACCAUCCCUGAGGCCUUCCCGCCUGGCUCAAUCGCCGUCUUCGAGACGUGGAUCCCUGGUGCCGAGCACAGCGAGGGCCUGGACAAAUUUGUCACAUCUGGUGCGCAGGAGGCUUUCAGCAAGGUCAGCCUCACGGACCUCAACGCCAUCUUAUACCGUGCCGACUCCGAAGAGCGUGCAUCAUCCAACGGGUCCGAUGGCGCCUACACCAUCCCCGGCUUCGGUCCGCUCGUUUACUGCGGUCUCCAAGGCUGGUGGUCCGUGUUGCAUGACAUUGUGUCUCACAACGAUCUCGGACAUGCCAUGUGCAACCAUCUCCGCGAUGGCCAGUGGGCUCUCGAUUUCAUCGUCGGCCGCAUGGACAAGCUCGCCCAGCGCGACAUCUACACCGGCCUCAAAGCACCCGCAGACUGGAUGCGCGUGCGCUUCGAUGCCAUCCGAAAGCUUCCGAGCUUUCUGACUCCACGGUACUUCGCUCUGAUCAUCAAGACCGCCCACAAGGCCGCCUUCGAGCGUGGUAUCGAGCAGAUGAGCAGCAAUGUGCAGCACGGCCAGCACUUCUUGAAGAAACUGGCCAUGGUGUCCUGCCAGAUGCAAGGGUACGUGGAGAAUGCAUCUCUUUGGCCGAACAAGCUUGUGCCAUCCCUGGCCGCCGGCCUUCCCCAUUUUGCUCAGGAUUGGGCCCGCUGCUGGGGCCGUGAUACCAUGAUUGCAAUGCGUGGUCUCCUCGUGUGCACCGGACGAUUCGAAGAUGCCAGAGAGCAUCUGCUUUGCUUCUCCUCUUUGGUCAAGCAUGGCAUGAUCCCAAAUCUCCUCGGCUCGGGCAAGCUGCCGCGUUACAACUCCAGAGACUCGGUUUGGUUCUUCUUGCAGAACAUUCAGGACUACGUUACGUUGGUACCUGGCGGAGAGAAGAUUCUGCAGGAGAAGGUCAAGCGUCGCUUCAAGCCCUACGAUGACACCUGGUUUGCCUGGGACGACCCGCGAGCGUACCAAGAUGAGUCCAGCGUUGCCGAUGUCAUUCACGAGUGCCUUCAGCGCCACGCGGCCGGCAUGCACUUCCGCGAGUACAAUGCCGGUCCCAAUCUCGACAGUCAAAUGAAGCCCGAUGGCUUCAACAUCGACAUUGACGUCGAUUGGAACACGGGCAUCAUCUUCGGAGGCAACGAACACAACUGUGGAACGUGGAUGGACAAGAUGGGCGAAUCCACAAAGGCUGGCAACAAAGGCGAGCCUGGUACUUCUCGAGACGGCGCACCAGUGGAGAUAACUGGUCUACUGUACAGUGCCCUGAAGUGGGUCGAUGGCUUGCACCGUGCUGGCAAGUUCCCGCAUGAGUCGGUUACGACGAGCGACGGCAAGAAGGUGACGUAUGGCGACUGGGCUGCAAAGCUCAAGAGCAGCUUCGAGCACUGCUACUACGUUCCCGCCGACGAGAAGGAAUGGAGCAAGUACGACGUCAACCCAAAGAUUGUCAAUCGUCGUGGCAUCUACAAGGACGUCUACAAAGGCCGAAAAGAAUAUCGCGACUACCAGCUUCGCCCGAACUUCCCCAUUGCCAUGACCGUCGCACCCGACCUCUUCGAUCCCCAGCAUGCGCUCAUUGCGCUCGAGAACACCGACAAACAUCUCCGCGGACCAACGGGAAUGGCGACUUUGGACCCCAGUGAUCUGGAAUACCAUCCGUGGUACAACAACAGCGAGGAUUCGGACAACUUUGCCACCGCAAAGGGGAGAUGCUACCACCAAGGUCCGGAAUGGCUUUGGCCCACCGGCUUCUUCCUCCGCGCUCUGCUCAAGUUCGAUCUGAUGCGGCGGCACACAACCGAAGAGAAGGUGGAGGCGUUCCAGCAGAUUACCGCGAGGCUGCAUGGCUGUCAGAAGAUGAUCAAAGAGAGCCCAUGGGCCGGGCUGACCGAGCUGACGAACAAGGACGGUGCUUACUGCGGGGAUUCGGUGAGUGCAACAUGCUCCCAUGCACGGCUGUCUGCUUUACUAACCCGCGCGAUAGUGUCCAACGCAAGCGUGGUCGGCAGGAUGCAUAGUAGACCUCUACGACGACGCAAGCAAGGCCUCCGCCGAGCUUCUGGGUCACGCAGCGGGCGACAAGAAGACCGAGUCUUAGACUCGUCCAUGAUCAUCUCGUCGACUUGAUAUCACGCCACGAGGGUACGGAGACAUGGAGCUAUGAGUGCACGAUUUCAUUCACCUAAUAAUCUGGCUCUCCUGCGGUGUAGAU